GAACUUCGUGUUUUGAUACAGCAACAGGAUUGAAUAUAACGAUUCGAUACAAAGGACUAAGCUUAUCAGGACAUUAUUGCAGUGAAAAACAGAGAGGAGUCAACUGAGCAAGGGAAUAACUGCAUUCAGUAGCCGCUAUAAAAGCCACCCAAUCACCCAUCACUCACCCACGCAUGUGUCUGUACUUGGGAGUCGUGGAGCACCUGCUGGAUGUGGUGGCCUACUGCAUGUGCCGCGUCCUGGAGCUGUCCCUGUUCACCUGCAUGAUGGUCUGCGGAUCCCUGAAGGCUAAGCUUACCCAUGGACCCACCAACGAACUGGAGCAAUGACCAGGACACUACGAGAGCUGCUAAAAAGGAUGUGUGUAUGGGUGUGUGGGUGUGUGGGUGUGUGUUUUGGUUCAACUAAAAUUUAUUAAAGAAAACUUUUCUAGUGGCGAAUAAAUUACAACCGCUAUGUGUGUAAAACAA